AUGUCCAGACGUUACUACUUUCCUGGUGCGGCUUGGGGUGGACAUGGUCUCCAGGUUGAGCCUUUGCAAUGCUCCAAAGUGGAAGAUAUACGUAAGAAGUGCCAAAUUCUGCAUGUUGAGACUGGGAAGCAGGCCACUUCAUCUGCAACUGCACCUGGACCUGCAUGCUUAUGCCUGGAACUGGCAUUUCUGAUUACACUUCACCUUUACUCGAGCGAGGAGGUGGUCUCAAUCAAACGUGUUGUCCGCAAUGGUGCAGCAUCGCCUGGACGCAUCGUGGAUCGAGUUCGUGGCCAAUUGAAGUCUUGCUAUCGCCUCGAUCGCAUAGUCAGGGAGCUCCAGUACAUCGCACAGGACAAGGACGACGACGACGACGACAGAGGAGAGGAGGAAAUUUGGCCCGAUGACGCCUUAGGCCUUGCUCUUGCUGCCGCCAUUCAGUAUAGUGACAGCAAUGGCAACGACAAGAUCCCCUUACAUCCCUCCCUACCUGACCAAAUCGACUUCUGCCUGGAAGUGUUUCAUCAUCAUGCUGCAGCCGGAGUGGAAGCCGAGCUGCGAUUGAGACUGGUCUACCGCCGCUCGUUCAUGAGCCAUCGUGAAGCGACGCGAAUCGCGCGCACCCUUGCGUCCAUUGUCAGCCGGACUUGCGCCUGCCACAUCUCCAACGGAGGAGCUGGGAACUUGACCGUACAAGAAGUAGCAUGCAUGGCCCUUGAUGUAGGCGAUCGAAGCGCCAUUCUACGUUGGAACUCCGACCAAGCACUGAAACGCGAACAUGUCCUCGUACACGACAUGUUUUCCAGUAUUGCAGUCAGGCAUGCAGACACGGAGGCCAUAGUCGCCCCCGACGGAUGCAUGACCUAUGCUGAAUUGGAACAAAUCUCUUCCGUAGUUGCGAGCUAUUUGCGCUUAUCGGCAACGUCCGAAGACCGAUGGAUUGCGUUAUGUUUCACUAAGUCCUACUGGGCUGUUGUUGGUAUGCUCGCUGUCUUGAAGUCCGGACGAGGCUGUAUCUUUUUAGAUCCCUCAUGGCCGGACGAACGCCUCUGCGGAGUGCUUCGAGCGAUCGAGGCGCGCUACAUUCUGACGCAUGGUGCUCAACUUUCCCACAGACUGGAUAGACUGUCAUUGGUGGCUCAGUUCCAAUCUUUCAAUGUAGCAGACAUCGCUACUGUAGCCACCGCCACAGAGCGACUCGAAGAAAUGCAUCACUCGAGCGCUCAGCCCGGUGACAACGCUUUCGCCGUUUUCACUUCUGGUAGCACGGGCAUUCCCAAAGGCGUGGCUCUGACGCAUGCCAAUGUGUGUACUGCCAUUACUGGCUUGACCCGCGCGCUUGCGGCCAACGCGCCUCUUGCAACACAUGAUCGACCACUGCGUGUCCUGCAGUUUGCAGCGUAUGCAUUCGAUGCAAGCCUCUCCGAAAUGUUGGUGGCCCUGCUCAGCGGAGGUACAGUCUGCAUCCCCUCCGACGCUGAGCGGACAGGCGACUUGCAGAAUUUCAUUCUGGACCAGGAAAUCUCUCUCGCAUUCUUAACCCCUACCGUAGCUCGAACGCUGACUCCCGCUCACCUACGCCCAAUCCUGAGACUUCUCGUGCUUAUUGGAGAGCCUGUCACAUCCUUGGAUAAGGACCGGUGGCUGCACAGUGGAAUCGCCGUCUUCAAUGGAUAUGGGCCCACUGAAUCCACUUUUGGUGCGAGCCUAGGACGAGUCGUCGUGUCCAAAUCACCUUCCAACAUUGGCCACCCCCUUGGUUAUCGCUUCUGGGUAGUCAAUACUUGCAGCAACGAGGACGAUGGUGAUCCUGAUGACAUUAAUGCUCGAUAUCUUCUUCCAAUUGGUGCCACUGGCGAACUUGUCCUUGAGGGCCCAGCUCUUGCUCAAGGCUACCUGAACGACGCCGAGUUGACUGAGGCGAGGUUCACCACUGGUCCCGCCUGGCUUCCUGCGAUCGAUGGAGAAGUGUCGCAAGAGAGACGUGUUUAUCGAACUGGAGAUCUCGUACGCUAUCAUGAAGAUGGUUCACUGGAGUGUCUGGGGCGUGUUGAAAACGAUAGGCAAGUCAAGGUCGGGGGUCAGCGCCUCGAACUGGCUGAGAUCGAGCAUCAUCUGAUACAGGCGGCUGCUACAGCCAUAGUGCCUCUACAGGAUGUUACGGUAUGUCUGCCGCGAUUUGGACUUGUGUCCAAUCGUCUAGUGGCACUGAUAGUGUUGACCGCAACCAUCACUACUGGUUCGCAAGAUCCUGUCUUGUCAGCGUGCGAUGGUCCAACAAAGACGGCGUGUGCAGGCUAUCUGUCCCAUCAUGUCCCUCCCUGGAUGGUCCCGUCGAUAUGGUUGCGAGUCAGUCACUUCCCGACAACAUUGUCUGGCAAAAAAGAUUACCCCAAGCUGCUAUCAGCAUUGACACGCCUGCGGCCCGAACAGUAUCUCGGGGAUCGCCACGAUUCUUCGCCGAGCCAUGAUCAUGCAUGGCCAGAUCAAGCGGCGACAGGACCGUCACACUUUCAGGAGUUGGUUCACAUCUCUAGCGAGAUCUUGCAGUUGCCAAUCCAGCGCCUUCUCAGCAAUUGCUCCUUUGUCGAACUGGGUGGAGACUCCAUUGCUGCUCUACAGGUUUCCACACGAAUGAGAAAGGAUUGCAGUCUAACACUGAGCACGGAACGUCUGAUGGCAUGUUCUUCACUGUACCAAGCUGCUUUGGAAGCCAGGCCCCUCGCCAUUCCCACUCCAGUAGACAGUACUGAAACGAGCUCACUGAAAAGACAGGUUCUGAGGAGCUUUCCAGAGUUGAAUCUGCUAAUUGAAAGAGUCUUCCCCUGCUCUCCCGUGCAGGAGUCACUUUUGUUCCAUGGAGCCCAAAGAUACCAGAACAUGUACGCUGUCUCGGCGACGUGGAUUGUGACAGAAACGCGGCAGGGCCCUGGCAAGGCGUCCCCUGUGGACGCUCAUAUCUUCACACAAGCUUGGCAGCACGUUGUCCAGAACAGUGAGGCUCUACGUACUGUGCCACUGGAGCUUUUGGAUGUGCCAGGCGUGUUCGCCAACACUGUGCUCAAAGACAAUUCGUCUUCAUUGGACAUCAUCCAGUCGUUUGAAGCCAACGAGACAAACCCGGUCAAGGAUUUGCCCCCAGCCAUGAUGAACCAUGAGAUGGGUCAACACUGCAGACCUCCGCUCAAGCUUACCCUUUGCUACGGACCAACCGAUCGUGCUCUAGUCAGGCUGGAUGCGAGCCAUGCCCUGUUGGAUGGGCUGUCCGUGAUGGCCCUAAUUCGUCAGCUCUCAGCAGUUUAUCAAGCUUUGCGGAAGGGGUCUCCGGCGAGAUCGGCAUUACAGACAUCCUCUCAGCCCAUGCAAUCGUAUGUUGCACUUGUGAGAGAUCCGCAUAGAUGCAAGAAUGCACUUGAGUACUGGAGACAAUAUCUCGCAGACGCUCAACCUUGUCUCUUCCCAAGGCUCGUUGACAGUGAGCCCCUGACAUUCAACCUGAAAUCUCAUCGCGUGCAAUUUGUACCCCUUCGAGGCACUGGUAUCAAUGGCUUGAGCGGAUUGCUUGCUGCCCGCGGGCUCACUCCAGCGACUUUCUUCAUCGCCAUCUGGUCACUUGUAAUGCGGAUGUAUGUGAACACUUCGGAUGUGAUCUUUGGCUACGUUUCUUCUGGGAGAGAUAAUCCGAGCCAUCCAGUGAGUAUGGACGAUAUUGGGUGCUUCAUAGCGCCCCUUGUUGCGCGAAUCAACUUGCAAGACCUGAACAGCAUCGAUAGUGCCGGGUUCGUGUCUAUCCUAGAUCUCAUCCAGCGGUCAAACCGCGCGAGCACUACCCAUCAGGGCUUGUCUCUGGCACAGAUCCAGACAGAAAUGCCGCAACUGGCCGGAGGACUUAUUUUCAACACCUUUGUAUCAGUUACUCCGUCUCUGAGCCUCGAGUCAACCUUGCACUUUGAGACUCUUCACACUUCGAACAAAAGCGAGUUUGACUUGUCUCUGAUCGUUUCUACGGGUACGAACAUGUCCGUAGGGUUGGAAUAUAAUGCCUGUCAUAUCGACAAAGGUCACGCAGUGAACAUCGCAGACUCAGUCACACAAGUCAUCAGCCGAGCUAUUCGACUCCUACGCCAAUCCUCAGAAUAUGAUAUUGCUCUCCCGAGCCCGAGAGAUAUAGCGCAAAUUUGUGAUUGGAAUUCCAAGGUCAUCGAGCCAGCAGAUAUCAGCAUUGCGCUGUUGCUGGAGCGAUCCAUGUCGGCCUUCGCAAACAGGGAAGCGGUAUUUGCUUGGGAUGGCUGCGUUACCUACCGACGUCUGGACCACUUAUCACAAGCUCUCAUGCGUAAUCUUUUGAAGCGACAUAUCAGCCAUCAGCGCUCAAAUGUACUGCUUUGCUUCAAGCCUUCAAUAUUGUCGGUCAUCGCGCAAGUCGCAGUGUGUAGAGCGGGUGGCUGCUUCGUCAUGGUUGACAGCUCAUGGUCAGAGAAUCGGAUCAGGCGUAUCUUUGAUGACAACAAGCCUUGCGCUGUGCUAUACGCCAGCCAAGCACAAUCUGAACUCCCAUUGCUACAGGCCUGCGGCAAAGAACACCAGACUCCCACAGUAGAAAUCUCGAUGGAUUUCUUGAAAGGCUUGCCAAAUGGCAAGCCCAGUGCCGUAACAACAAAACUGUAUCAUGAGGCAGAAUUCAUCAUGGCGCCGUCCGCAAAUGACCCAGCUUAUGUUGUUUACACAUCUGGCUCCACUGGCCACCCUAAAGGAGCGAUCAUUACCCACCAAGCGGUAACGACUGGCCAUCAAGAACACGCAGUCCGAACGCGGAUCAGCAGCUCGUCACGAGUACUACUCCUCGCUGCACCAACUUUCGAUAUGGCCAUCGAAAAUAUCUUCAUUACUCUUUUCCAGGGGGCAUGCCUCUGCGUGCCAUCGGACGAUCACAUUCAGAACGUCGUGGAAUUAUUGGAAUUUGCGACUGCGAGUGGCGCGAAUUGGAUGAGUUGCACUCCCUCGUAUCUGUCCCUGUUUUGUCCGGGAGCUCUACACAUGAUGGACGUUGUGCUUCUGGGCGGCGAACCCAUACCAGAAUCCAUAAUCGAGUCUUGGACUAAGCGCUCAACGGGAGACACUCGCAUCCCCACAAUCAUGAACGGUUUUGGUCCCAGCGAGUGCGCACUGGGCUGCUGCAUCCUGAACGAGGCUGUGUCCCCACAAGUGGGUGGUCGGUGCAUCGGUCGAGGCUUUCGGGCGACGACUUGGGUUGUGGACGAGGUGGAUCAUCACCGACUUCUACCCGUGGGUGCAACUGGGGAGCUUUUGCUGGAGGGUCCAUGCCUUGCGCUUGGAUAUCUCGCCGAGGCGGCGCUGACUGCUCGGUCCUUCAUUGAGAGCCCCUUGUGGUAUAGGAGACUCCCUGGUCGAGCUGACAGCCGAGCUCCACGAUUUUACAAGACGGGCGACCUGGUCCGAUAUGGCUCCGACGGUCAACUCUUUGCCGUCGGGAGGAAAGAUGACCAGAUCAAGGUCAAUGGUAUCCGAACUGAACCAAACGAAGUAGAGAAUGCACUGCGCAGUUUUCUCCCACCCGAUCUGGCUCAACGCUCGCUCGUCACUGUUUGUCUUCUCAGGAAAUUCGACCUGCUUGCUGCCUUCGUGUUCUUGAGUAAGCAUGAGAGGACACUAGAGACCGACAAGCUCGAAAGACGCCUCGAUGGUAUUUCUUGUUCGACACUUAUCUCGAAAGCAUCGUCCUUCCAUCACCAGAUCGUGGAACAUAUUCGAGCUCACAUGACACAUGGCUCCCACCGAAUGAUCCCUCAACUUUUCAUACCCAUUUCUCGGAUUCCUCGCACAACGUCCGGCAAGACUGAUCGCAAAGCUCUCGAGCAUGCUGCAUCGAUGUUCGAUAAGGAUCAGCUUUUGGCGCUGUUCAGGAGAGACAUUACUGCCAUCCUGCCGAAAGAAGUUAGAAGCCCGGUGGCGCGUCAGCUAGCUAGAGCUUGGCGCCAAGUGCUUGGAAGUGAAGUUGUUAGUGCUGGCGACAACUUCUUCCACCUGGGAGGAAACUCUCUCGCGGCCAUUGCUUUAGUACGUGAAGUGCGAUGCACGAUGAGUAUGCGACUGAAUGUGUCAAUCGUAUUUCAAUACCCCGUGCUCGAAGACAUGGCAGAACGGUUGCAGAGCAUUGAUCCAGGCCCUAUGCAGCAGUCCUGGCAGCCCUUCUCCCUUUUAACAAAUAAUGCCAUCCAAGACAUGGCCACUCCCAGUGAAAUCCUCCGGGAUGAGUUGGCACAAUCAUGUGCCCUGCAGCCAGACGAUAUCGAAGACGCAUUUCCAUGUACGCCCAUGCAAGAGGCGCUGAUGACGGCGACCAUUCGUGAAAUGGAGACCACUGAUGGCGCACAACCGUAUUGCGUCCAUGCUUGGUACAAGCUACCCGGCGACAUCAAUGGUGCUAGAAUGCAAUCAGCCUGGCAGGCUGUGCUUGCCCGGUACGAAAUACUGAGGAGUCGUAUCGUUCUCAUGCCUGUGCACGGCACCCUCAUGGUCGUUUGCCGACAACCGGAAGAUGUCGAACUUUGGGGCAGUAGUUCUUCCACCGUCGGUGCAUGUGCCCUGAAGCAGUGCCUAGAGCAAAUUCGAUUUGGCUAUGGCACUCCCCUCUUUCGGGUGACUUUGAUCAUGAAAGAGGCAGAAAAGGACAAUCGACUUGUUCUCAGUGCGCACCACGCAGUAUACGAUGGUUGGUCUCUUGGACUUGUCUGGAAUGCUGUCAUGGAUGCCUAUCACUGUGUCUCUGCAGUUCCUGUGCCCCUUACGCCCAAAUUUGCUGAUUUCGUUGCUCAUAUUCGAGCUACCCCCGAUGACAUCGCUGUCGAUUUCUGGAAGCAUCAGCUCAGCCACAUUGCGAACAGGUCGGAUUUCUCUUUUCCUAAUACUCCGAGCCAUCAUCAGCCGAAAACGACGAAAAGCCUCCGCUUCUCACUCACAUCACCAUCUGCGGAGGCCCGGGCGGCGGCUCGAAACAUCGGCAUCACAAUCGAUACGAUAUGCCACGCUGGAUGGGCGCUCGUAGUAGCACUAUACUCUAGCUCUCCUGUGGUGACAUUUGGAAGUACUCGUUUAGGGCGAGAUUGCCAUCUAGCAGGAAUCGAAGACAUGGUCGGUCCAACAUCAACAACAGUGCCGUUUUGUAUAGCUCUAGACUCGAUCGAUUCUGUCACGGCAGCUGCCUUUCUCAAGGACGUGCAGCAUACGCUUCGGGAUCUUGCGCCACAUCAGCAUCUUGGUCUCCGUAAGAUUUCAGACAUCAGCCCCCAAGCGAAAUUGGCGUGCGAAUUCAGCUCUGUGCUGACUGUGCAGGCUGUCGAAAGCGAGACUUCUCUCCAACAUCCGAGUGCACAUCUGAAUAUUUCACUCCUGGAGCCGGUCACGAGAUCAGGCUUCCACCCCUUGCCACUCGCUCUCCAGGUCUUCAGCAAGGGGAAUGAUGCCUCACCUGACUCCAUCGAAGCAGACUACGACCCAGCUUGUAUUUCACCGUGGCUACUUGAACAUGCACUGCAGCAGUUCGACUACAUUGUUGGCGGUCUUUGGCGAUCAUGCAUUGGGCAGUCUGAUCUUCUCCUCAUCGAACUCAUGCAUCCUGCGCCUUCACACCUCGAUGAGAUAUACCAGUGGGCCUCCGCCUCUGCCGUCAAUGAACAGUGCAAGUCUCCGCAGACGACAGAGGCUCGUUUCUUGUACGAGCCCUUCGACCGUGUGGCAGCGAUCCAGCCGGAAGCUGCUGCUAUCGUGUCGUCUAGCGCUCAAUAUACCUACAAUCAGCUUGAAGAGGCCACCAAUGCGCUCGCACUUUGCAUCCGGCAACAUCUGAUUUCACAAGGGCCUGCACGAUCCGGCCACAAGAUCAUUGGCUUUUGUUUCGAGCACUCAGCUUUGGCUGUUAUAGCAAUGUUGGCAAUCGUGAAGGCGGGCGGUGCGAUGCUUCCACUGGCCCCAAGGGAUGCGAACAGUCGCCUUCAAGCAUUGAUUGAGCUUUCAGAAUGCACUUUGGUUCUGACUUCACCUGCUCAGACACAGCGAAUCAAGGAGUUAGACCUGGGAAAGCAAUCGGUUGAAGUCAUAAUCAUGCAGAUAGAUGCGAAUGUGAUAGCCGAUUGUCUGAGAGCCAUGCCGUCGCCUGCACCGAGAAUGAUGCUUCCUACUGGACCAAUCUGCCCGUCAGACCUGGCUUACGUGCUGUUCACCUCCGGGACUUCAGCACAGGGGAAAGGGGUAAUGGUAGAGCACGGAGCGGCUACAGCAGCUGUCGUCGGCCUUGCAACACAUUGGGGUCUGAAUUCACGUUCUCGUCGACUACAGUAUACCGAUUACGCUUUCGACAAUAGCAUUGAAGAUGUUUUCGGUACUCUCAGUGCGGGCGGUUGUAUCGUGGUGCCCUCCGAGUCUGAACGCGCCAACGAUCUCCUGAGCUUCUGCCAAAUGAACCGUGUCAAUGCACUCCACAUCACGCCUACCGUUCUCCGGCUUCAUUUUGCCAAACCAAGUCUUUUGCUUGAUUCUCUGGUCGUUGGUGGCGAGCCCAUGACGAAUUACGAUCUUGAUAUACUCCACGCAUGGGUUGCUUCGCGCGAAAAUCUCCAAGCUUUCGUUGCGUACGGCUCGACCGAGACAUGCAUCGAUUGCAUUGCCCGCCAGAUCAUCGCCUCUCACCCUAUUGAGCCCACAAACUCCAUCGCGCCCGUUGGUGCUCAAGCAGAGCUUUACGUCGGAGGACUAGCGGUGGCUCGAGGCUACCUUGGUUCAGGUGACUUGUCCCGAUCCAGAUUCAUCAACUUCCGUGAUCCGUUUGAUCAAAAAGUUGUUGGGGAGCCAAAAGAGCAACAGCCACCAGUCAACACCAUGGCCUUCCGCACUCGUGACUUUAUGCAGUACUAUCGCGAUGGGAAAUUGUUGUCCCUCGGGAGAGCUGACAGCCAAAUCAAAGUCCACGGCAAACGUAUAGACAUACAAGCCAUCGAGAGCCUCAUACAUCAAGUGCUCUGUGCCGAGGGGCUCGAUUAUGAUGGACAUCAGCGUGCCGUGGUGGAAGUGCUAGAUGAUGAGCACCUCCACGCUAUGUAUAUCUGUCCAGCCAACAGUUGCGGCGACACCCAUAACCACAUCGCCGUGGUGGAUCACGGGAGUGCGUCGAGUGAGCGAGAAUCGGUAUCCUGCAGGCGUGCGCCAGCGCAAUUGGUGACGAAGAUAUGCCGCUGGCUGGAGCGUAGUCUUACCAGCUUCAUGAUACCCCGUACAUUCUUCGCCGUUGAUAUGUUGCGACUUACUGCAUCUGGUAAAUGCGACAGAAGAUGGGUCCGUUCCGUCCUGAGCUCAGUACAAGAUGAGAUGCUCAGGAGCACUGCCACUCAUCUUCUACACGAGAGCGUGGAGAAACCCAUGACCGACACGGAAAGGCUGCUCCAGCGCUGGUGGGCAACAGUGCUACCACGGAUCGGAGCCUGGGAGAACGUCCACCGCGAGUCUCACUUCUUUGAUCUGGGUGGACACUCCGUGGCGGCGAUUCAACUGGCAUCUCUGGCUCGAUCAGCUGGAUACCAAUUACGAUACGAGAACAUAUUCAUGCAUCCUUUACUCUGCAACAUGGCAGAAUACGUGCAUCCGAUGGACUCGCGUCGUGCCAACUCAACCUCCCCAGGACGAUUCGAUUCUCUUCCCCCUAAUAAGCGCCACUUGAUUUUGUCUGAGAUUCACAAUUGUUUCGAUAUCAACGAAGACAUGAUUGAUGAUGCAUACCCCUGCACGCCUCUCCAGGAGUCGAUAAUGGCUGCAACGGCCAGAACGUCAGGGGCAUUCAUCAUGGCGCAACGGGUGAAGCUUCCUCGUGGAUAUGCUCCAGACCGAGUGAAGGCCGCUUUUCAGGAGGCCUUUGAGACUUUCGAGACAUUGAGAUCGACGAUAGUUCACGUCCCGUCUUCUGCCUCCCCGCUGGUGGUUGUCUUCAAGACGGGGCCAAAUUGGUGCAAAGCAGAUUCUGCUGGCACAUUCCUAGAGACAGCCCGACGGAAACAUGACUACGGGCAGCCACUGGUGCGAUUGGCUUUCUCACCAGCAGCCUCAUCUUCUGCUCCAGACUCCUGGGAAGAACUUAUAUUCGUGGCACAUCACGCCGCUUAUGAUGGACCCAUGAUUCGGGCUUUCUGGCAACGGAUCAAUGAGCUUCUCGAGCCAUCACGCACGGCCGCCUCAUCCUGCUCAUUGUUGCCAUUCCGAACAUUCAUCAACCAUAUGGCCAGAUCAUUUGACCCGCACGCUGCCUCAGAAUGGUGGGCCAAGCACAUGGACGGCUAUGCAGAGUCUGUGAACAAUUUUCCUCCUGGAAUACGCUCUAAUAUGUCACUUCAUCGCCCCGUAGCGAACUCGAGCUGCUACAAGACCGUGGACAUGUCCCUCCGUCGACAAAAACAUACGACAAUUGCUAUCCUUGCGCGAGCAGCAUGGUCCUUGGUCCUUUCUCACUUCCUUGCGAGCCAGGACACAGUCUACGGCGUCGUCAUAAGCAGUGCAGCAGCAUCUGCAAGCUGUGAAGCCUCCUCGAUCGACCUGGCAAAAGUUGCAGGGCCAACGAAUGCCAUGAUUCCUUCCCGUACACGCCUGGACUUUGAUACCAUGAACGUGUCGAUCUUGUUGGAACAAGUUCACAAGCAAAGCGUAGACGAAAGUCUCCAUGCACAUCUGGGGCUUACCAAGAUUGCUUCGCUCAGUGCAGCAUGUAAGGCAGCUUGCCAGUUCACAACGAUUCUGGUGAUUCACCAUACUCGGGUCAUUGGCGACGAGGACAGUGAAGCAGGUUAUAUUGAUCUUGACAGCCCUGACAUCUACCAAAAUGGCCAAAGACUUGGGGAUGAGCCAAUUGUUCUGGAAAGUGAAGCAGGCUUCACACCCCAUACUCUCAUCAUAUCCUGUCAUCCUUUCAGUCGGGGUGACAAGGAACAUCUAGGGAUUCACGUGCUAUUCGAUGCAACAUUGAUCGCCCAGCAUACUGCUGAACGUGUGCUCGACGCCUAUUCUACUUUACUUCGUAACAUGCUCGAAUGUGCACUUGACACGCCACUGCGCAGCUUGUCAGCGUUGUCCAAAGAAUCUCAAGAUUGGAUUUCUGAGCGUACCACUCAUCAUGGCUCAGCUCCGAAGCCCGUAUCAGCUUUUGUACACGAGUUGAUCAGCUCGUCGGCCAUGCUGCGACCACAACACGAAGCCGUCCACAGCUGGGAUGGGUCUAUGACUUACUCUGAACUCGAAUGCGUGUCGUUGGCGAUGGCGGUUAGAUUGACAGCGGAGAAGAACUCAUCAGCAAGCGGGUACGGAGUGGCUUUCAUGCUAGACCGAUCGAAACAGGUGCUUGUCACGAUGUUGGCGAUACUCAAGGCAGGGUGCUUCUUUGUGCCACUUGAUCCUCAGUAUCCAGUCAACAGACUCCAGAGUAUCACUCGCAAGGCCGGUGUAUGGAUGAUUGUGUCGCAGGAGAAGUAUUCAUGCACCCUGAAAGAGUUGCAUUGCAAACAUCUCUUGGUUGAGGAUUUUAUCUUUCCACAACUCUCGCUGUGUUUGGAGAAUUCACUCGAGCCCCAGGGGUUGAAACUGCAACAACGGACGCCGUAUCGCGAGCAUCUUCACACCAAGGGACGCGAUCCGGCGGUUUGUACAAGCUACGUGCUGUUCACCUCGGGCUCCACGGGAGAGCCCAAGGGAGUGGUCAUGAAGCACGAAGCGCUGAGCACAACACUUGUUGCUCUGGGUCGGUCCCCAGCAUUACCAGAGGGCUCACGGUUUCUUCACAUUGGAAACUACGUUUUCGACGUCAGUAUCUACGAGAUAUUUGUUACGUUGCUCUAUGGCGGAACCGUGUGCAUUCCCUCCGAGCAUGAGCGUUUAGAAGACUUGGAGGGAUUCAUCGGCAGAGCCGGCGUCACAGAUGCUGCCAUGACUCCCUCCGUGUCUCAUGCCCUGGAUCCGGAGACCAUCUCUCGAAAUACAGUACUGCGAAGACUGCGCUUGGGAGGUGAAUCUGUUGGACUACAAGAUCGCAUACGAUGGACUAGGCUCCAGUCGAACGUUGAACUGCACUGCAUUUACGGCGUGACUGAGGCUGCCAUCGCCAACUUCCACCACCCAGUGCAUGUGGAUGAUGAACUAGAUCCCAGAUUGAUUGGCAGGCCGAUCAACUGUCAGUCUUGGAUCCGGAGUGUGCAUAAUCCAUCGGAGCUUGCGCUUCCUGGCGCCAUUGGUGAAUUAUGCCUCGAAGGACCAGCGCUGGCCGCAGGCUAUAUGGAUGACCCUAUCAAGACUGCAGAAGUUUUUCUGACCGAGCCCCUAUGGCUGCCAGAAUAUCCGAUUCAGGAGUCCAGCAACCGCAGCAGCACGCACCAACGGAGAGUGUAUUGCACCGGAGACCUGGUAUUUGCGAACCACGACGAUGGGACGGUGAAGUUCGUUCGCCGAAGCGAUACCAGUCGCCAGGUCAAGCUUCGAGGCCUACGCAUCGAUCUCGGUGAAAUUGAGAACGCCAUCGAAAAUGCAUGCUCAGCAUCAUCGAUCAGUGUUGCGGUGGAUCUCGUAACACCGUCUGGCAUGCCACCCUUUCUCUGUGCCGCGUACUGCAAUGAACAGAGCAACAAGAAAAAUGUUCAAGAGCGGUUCGAUGUGGAUGGUAUGCGGAAUACUUUGUCACAGACACUGCCGAGCUUCAUGAUCCCUAGCUACUAUAUCAGGUUGUCCUUCUUCCCCAUGAAUACCGUCGGCAAACGAGAUCGCAAUGCACUGCGGGAGAUGAUGGAAAACGCUGUCCAGUCCGAACGUGCUGUCGCCCAGUCUUCUGACCAUAUACUGCUAACACAACGGGAGGAGCUCGUACGAGACAUGAUGUGCACAGUCCUGAGCAUCUCUGAAGAUUCUCGACAGCGUAUCGGUCGGAAUGCUGAUUUCUUUCGCCUAGGUGGAGAUUCUAUCAUGGCGGUCCGACUUGUUGCACUUCUCCGAGCCCAUGGUCGGCAAGGCAUUAGCGUUGUUGACAUCUUUCGAAACGCAACCGUCGAGAAACUGGCCGCAAUGCUCGAGCCCUGUGUUGCUGGGCAAGAAGAAGACAAAAGUUCUGAAGAAGCAAGACUGGUGAAGCCAGUGUCCUUACAGAAUGAUAGUCCAUCGGCCCCCUCGAGCACGACGGCGAUGGACCUUCAAAGUCGACAAUUGGCCGCGGAGCAGUGUGGAGUGGCAGCAGAUGAAAUAGAAGACAUGUACCCUCUCACGGCCACACAAGAAAUGCUGAUGGACCGUAUGGUGCAAUUCUCCCUGAAAUUUCCGCAUCUGAGUGAUGGACCAGAAGACGUAGAAAAGUUGCGAUUCGCAUUCCAAGCAUGCGUGGCUCGAUUCCCCAUCUUACGGACGCACUUUGUACGUCUUCGCGACCCCUUCACCCUGCACGAGCGAUUGCUCCAGGUCGUCCUGAAGACGUCUCAUGCCCACGAACAACCUCCAACUACCAAUCACGACCAUGUCGGGGUCUUCCUGGAUAUGAGAGCACCCGAGAGUCGUCUGGGUCUUCUCGUGCCGCACUGGUCCUGUCUGGGUACAUUCACCAAGCAUGGCGAAAAACAGUGUUGUCGUCUUUUGUGGACUCUGAGCCACGCCUUAUACGAUGGAUGGUCCAUGCAGCUGAUGAUCCGUGCCAUUGGCGAGGGCCUGCGUUUGUGCCGAAAGGGACCUCUAUUGUUAUCUGCUACGCAGUCGCUUCCGUUUCGAAGUUUUGUCGAUUAUGAAAAUCGAGCUCGCAGAGAUGCCUCACAUUUGAGUUUCUGGACCUCAUAUCUCCAACAACAGGAUCAAAAAUGUCUUCAUCCUCGUCCGCAAAAACAGUUAUUCGGCUACAAUCAAAUCGAAAAUCCGAUAAGAGAUAUGGAGACGUGCCACCGCUUCACCAUACCCUCUCCUCCGCAGUCAGUCCAAAGCGGGAAAAGCAGCAGCACAAUCGCCAUCACUGUCCUGGCAGCUCUCAUGCGUGCCAUCAGUGAUUACUUGUCAUGCCACGAUCUCCUCUUCGCAUACGUAUCUUCCGGACGAUUUGCCGCAUUACCUGGCAUCGAGACAUGUGUUGGACCGACAUUGAGUUUACUCCCUCUACGCAUUCAACUUCAUCCGCGGCGGGAAGAAGCAAAUUACAUCGAAGCCGCCGCUGCGAAAACUACCGAGAAAAACAAAAAAGGAGACGACGACGACGAUGACUGUUGUGCCCCGCUACUGGAGCAAGAUGCCAUCACGAUUCAAAAUGCCAUCAGCCUCGUAACUCCCUACGAAGCGAGUGGUACAGAUGCGUGUCGCGGAAUUAUAGAGUCCAUGCCGUUGGAAAUUGUGAUUCAUCCACGCCAGUCCUCCGUUCGGAGCUAUGAGGGAGGUAAUAUCCUCUUGGAGAACAUGUCUGCUGGGGGCAUGGAUGGGAUCUAUUACUACUACGACGACGAUGACGACGACGACGACGACGAUUACGGCAAGAUGGGAUCGGAGAGCUGCUACGAGAGUAGAGGUGGAUGA